GAGUGGAGCAGUCCUCCUUUCUUUCAGCUGGAGUGCUCCUCUGGAGCCAGCCCCACCCUCGGCAAAGAUGUUUUCCGUGAGGAUCUUCUGCCUGGUCCUGAGUGUGGUGGGCACAGUUCAGACUACAGAUCCUGAUGCUGAUGAAGGUGAAUUUCUGGCUGAAGGAGGAGGUGUGCGUGGCCCAAGACUCGUGGAAAGACCCCAAUCUGUCUGCAAAGAGACGGACUGGCCCUUCUGUUCUGAUGAAGACUGGAACUCCAAAUGUCCUUCCGGCUGCAGGAUGAAGGGGCUGAUUGAUGAAGUCAAUCAAGACUUUACAAACAGAAUAAACAAACUGAAAAACUCACUCUUUGAUUAUCAGAAGAACAAUAAGGACGCUAACACACUGACCCGGGACAUCAUGGACCUUCUGAGAGGCGAUUUCGCCAAAGACAACAACAAUGAUAAUACGUACAGCCAAGUGUCAGAAGAUCUGAGAAGCAAAAUUGAGAUCCUGAAGCGCAAAGUCAUAGAACAAGUACAGCAUAUCCACCUUCUACAGAAAAAUGUCAGGGAUCAGCUGAUAGAUAUGAAACGACUGGAGGUGGACAUUGAUAUUAAGAUCCGAUCUUGCAAAGGGUCAUGCAGUAGGGUUUUAGAACAUAAGGUAGAUCUGAAGGACUAUGAAGAUCAGCAGAAGCAACUCGAACAGGUUAUUGGCAUAAACUUACUUCCCUCUAGAGACAGGCAAUACUUACCACUGAUAAAAAUGAACCCAGUUCCAAACUUGAUUCCUGGAAAUUUCAAGAGCCAACUUCAGGAGGCCCCUCCAGAGUGGAAGGCACUAAUGGAAACACGGCAGCUAAAAAUGGUGUUAGAGAGGUCUGGUGGAGCUGGGCAUGCCAGAGGGGACUCUGUACCUCAUGGAGCAGGAUCAGUACCAGAAAGCCCCAGGAAGCCUGGAACUGGCAGUGCUGGAAGUGUGAGCCCUGGGAGCUAUGGACCCGGAAGUGCCGGCGCUUGGACCCAUGGAAGUCCUGAGCCCGGAAGUGCCGGCGCUUGGACCCAUGGAAGUCCUGAGCCCGGAAGUGCCGGCGCUUGGACCCAUGGAAGUCCUGAGCCCGGAAGUGCCGGCGCUUGGACCCAUGGAAGUCCUCAGCCCGGAAGUGCCGGCGCUUGGACCCAUGGAAGUCCUCAGCCCGGAAGUGCCGGCGCUUGGACCCAUGGAAGUCCUGAGCCCGGAAGUGCCGGCGCUUGGACCCAUGGAAGUCCUCAGCCCGGAAGUGCCGGCGCUUGGACCCAUGGAAGUUCUGGGUCUCCUAGUUUUAGGCCAGAUAGCUCAGGACAUGGGCACACCAAGCCUUUCAACCCAGACUGGGGCACAUUUAAAGAGGUGUCAGGAAGUGUAAGUCCAGGGACAAAGAAAGAAUUCCACACAGGUAAACUGGUCACUUCUAAAGGAGAUAAAGAGCUUCUGAUUAGUAAUGAGAAGGUCGCCUCUGGUCACACAACCACCACUCGCCGUUCAUGUUCCAGAAUCGUUACAAAGACUGUUACAAACGCCGAUGGUCGCACAGAAACCGUCAAAGAAGUGAUAAACUCCGAAGACGGUUCUGACUGUGGUGACACAAGUUUAGACUUGCACCAUGCUUUUCCUAGCAGGGGUAGCCUAGAUGAGUUCUUUCAUAGGCGCACUGAUGAAGCGGCCUCAACUAGAGAUACGUUCCCGGAUUUCUUCAGCCCUGUGUUAAAAGAGAUGGGCAGUAAGAUAGGCUCAGAAUUUGCCACUUCAGGCUUAGUAGACACCAGCUCUCACCACCCUGGUGUACCUGACUCGUCCUCCAGUGGUAAAACUUCAAGUCGCAAACAAUUCGUUACCAGUAGCAUGACUAUCAACAGAGGAGGCUCCACAACUGAAAGCAAGAGCUUUAAAAUGGUAGAUGAGGCAGAAAGUGAAGAGGAUCUUGACUUCAAAGGAGCACACGCCAGCAAGAGAGUCCUUGCUAAACCUCGCUUUGGCAGAGACUGUGAUGAUGUCCUUCAAACACAUCCUUCAGGUGCCCAAAGUGGCAUUUUCAAUAUCCAGCUACCGGGAUCCAGUAAGAUUUUUUCUGUUUAUUGCGAUCAAGAGACCGGUUUGGGAGGAUGGCUUUUGAUCCAGCAAAGAAUGGAUGGAUCAUUGAAUUUUAACCGGACCUGGCAAGACUACAAGAGAGGUUUCGGCAGCCUGAAUGACAAGGGAGAAGGAGAAUUCUGGCUAGGCAACGAAUACCUCCACUUAUUAACCCUGAAGGGCUCCACCCUUCGGGUUGAAUUGGAAGACUGGGCUGGGAACACGGCUUAUGCAGAGUAUCACUUGAGGGUAGGCUCUGAGGCAGAAGGCUAUGCCUUGCAGGUCUCCUCCUAUGAGGGCACAGCAGGUGAUGCUCUGAUUGAGGGCUCGGUAGAGGAAGGGACAGAGUACACGUCUCAUGCCCACAUGCAGUUCAGCACCUUCGACAGGGACGCAGACAAGUGGGAAGAGAACUGUGCGGAAGUCUACGGAGGAGGCUGGUGGUACAACAACUGCCAAGCGGCCAAUCUCAAUGGCAUCUACUACCAUGGGGGCUCCUAUGACCCCAGAAACAACAGUCCCUAUGAGAUUGAGAAUGGGGUGGUCUGGGUGCCCUUCAGAGGUGAGGAUUAUUCCCUCAGGGCCGUUCGCAUGAAACUCCGGCCACUGGUGACGCAAUAGGCUGAAGGAGUGGAAGUGAGAGCGUUCUGUUUUCUUUGUUUAGUGAAGUGAGGGGAAAAUAAGGACAAGAUAGGAGUUGAGAUUCUUUACAACCUACUAAAAAAUGCCCAGGUGCUAUUUUAUUAUUCUUUGUACUGUAGCUAAAUGUAACUGAGACAUACUAGUGCUUAAAACAAUAAAGUCAUGUGAGUUUUUCAUCUUUAAAA